AUGCGAACUGUCGCUCAUCAGAUAGUGCAACAGUGUGGCAGCACCCAAAGCACUGCUUUCCAAGGUGAAUCACAAUCAUGAUAUGUCCAACAGAACCCUGUAUCUGUCUGUUGAUUGCACCGCUGACUCGCGUUCUUGGUCCAUUCACGCAAGAAAGUUAUGUCCGACUAUUGCAAGAAGUGGGAGAAGAUCCACCGAGUCACUCUCCAUCCUAACCGGGUCAUUUGGGCCAAACAACUCAAGAGCAUGUUCCGGACCAAGGCUGCGAAGGCGUACACACAUUCCUCUCCAUUAUACGCCCUAUCACGCACAGCUCAACUGCGAAAAUUCUGCUUGGACGAUGCGUCCGAACCGAUGACUCACGGAGUUGCCUAGUGAGUUUUCUUCUCCAUCCGACGCAUUGUCGCGCUUGCAUCUGCUAAUGCAUGGCUUACACGUCGUACGUGUGUCCUGCAGUUUUCAACCUUUUAAUGCCACGAACAACAAGUCACUCAUUUGCGUACUCGCAUCCUUGCAUUCGAUCGAUAUCCUGAUCGCCUUUGCCACCAUGGGAAAUGUUGCCGAAGACGGUUCACAAUUCCUUGGGAUUGAUUCGUCUUGGCGGUAUCUGAAUGAGAACCGUGCCCCGCUUACCAUUCUUGCGACGAUGGGUACGAACGAACAGAUGGCGUUGGGUUAGUCGCGAAGGAGGCCCUGCCCAAUCCUGUGCCUGCUUGCGAGUCUCAGCGUCUUCAGCCUUCGGCGCUGAUCAGUUUUCGCACAUUCUCUUUUCUGUAGGGCCUAUGCUACUCUCGAGUGACGUCAAGCAAGGGACGUUGCUGCAUUAUUUGGACGUUGUGAAGGACCUAGUCGAAAAAUGGGCCGCCAUUAUUGUCAGAGGUAGGUUCGGCAGUCAGUUUGUCGAUACUUUGGCCUUGACACAGCGCAUUGACAUGUCUUUCGCGAAGCGUAGAUGCUCAACGGGGCUCUGUCAGCGAACUGCCCGGUAACCUGCCCAAUCUGCUGGAGAACGCUCAGUAUAUUGUACAGCACCAGUGGCAACCGCCCAACUUGAUGAUCGACAAGUGCAGGACCGAACUGAGCGCCCUCAAAAAAUGUGAGGCACUUUCCUCUUAGGCGGUGAUCAUUGGUCUCAGGGGUUAUUUUAUCUGACCUAUCAUUUUUUGUGAUCUCCCCUCACGGGUCUGUGUCUGCAACAGGGGCAUCGCGGCAUGGGCUCGAGUUUCAAAUUCGACUUUGUCAGUUUCAUGCGAUUCAAGCAAUUACUCGGUGGUCAACGGAUGCAACCCAUGCGAGCAAGACUGACAGGUCCCCAGUAUCAAAGCCCAUAUUGGUCCAUAUUUUGCGUGAUUUUCGUUCAAUCAUCCAACACUUCUGGUUCGUCAGGGGUCCACAGGAAACGGAGGAGCUUGCAAACGUGCGACGACGUCAGGAAUUUGACGCAAGAGUGCAGACAUUUCUAACCCGAACCGAUGAAUGGAUCCUUAAGUCGCACUCAUCCGAUGAAACGUCAACAACGGAUGUUGGGAAGGCAAAGAUCAAGAAGUUCCAGCUACAAGUUCGUGACUACUUCAUGCAGAAUUGGUUCGUGGUGUGA